CUGAAGAAGAAGAUCAGAAUUGAAGAUGUCAGGAGCACAAGGAGCGCAGCCAAAGGAGUCGAGAACCGCAACAACGUACGAGUCGGUUCCGCAGGAAGAGAACAAGACGCGACUCGACAUCCGGUCCCGCGAGGACGAGAGGGGAAUUGAGGUCGACAAGAUUCAGGACAAGGUUAAAGAUGCCGCCGGCAAAGGAGGUCCGGUUUUCGGCGCCGGUAAGGAAGACCACAAGGACGACCUCGGCCUCACCGGCACCGGCUAAACAAACCUACGUUAUUUAUUUAAUAAUCCUUUCAUGUAAAUCUAUCCGUCAGUUUAAUUUGCGUGUAUGUGCUAAGUUGAUCGGCGCCAUAGUUUUGUUACUUUGAACCAACUGAUCAACUUUUAUAUAUGUUACGGACUUACGGUGGUAAUAAAGAUGAAGAUUAU